AUGACCUUCGAGAUCUUCAAGUCGACCAAGAAAACAUUCUACUACACCUUCUUCCCAACCAAGGAAGAGGAAGAGAAAGAAGAAGAAGAAUCGUCAAAAACCCGGCCAGCCGGUGGCCGCCGCCAGAUAAUCGAGAUCCGGGACUUUUUCCGGCCACCGUCUGGCGGCGGAUGGCCGAUUAAAAAAACCCUAACCCGACUCGAAAUCGAGUCCGGCAAGCUCGUUUUGUCGUGCAACGACGUGUUUGAAUACGUCCUUAGGUAUUGGCCGGUUGAGUUGGCGGAAAGCAUCGUUUGCGAAGGGCAAAGGGUUUAUGUGGCUGUUUGUGAUGCCACACAAGAGCCUAAGUACCCAAGAAAGUAUGGCGUGGAUCAAGCUUAUGUGGAGAUGGUGGAAAAGGACAAUUUUGCCCUGGCGUGCAUGGCCUUGGUGAAGGACAGGAACUUGAAGGUCUAUGAUGAGGUUUCGUUAAAAUGGGAUGAUAAAAGUUUGUGUUUUAUGUUCAAAAUACUUCCUAUGGAGUUUUAA